AUGGCUGCCGCAACAGUCCGUGGGUUUUUCCAAAGAGCCGGAACCAGCAUUAAGGACUAUUUCAAACGAAUGGGCAAUGAUUAUGCCACAGUGGCCAAGGAAACGGUGACCGGAUGCAAAGAAAAACCAUUAAAAGCUGGUACGUUAUCAAUUUUAGUAAUAAGUUCUUUUAAAAAACAUAUCUUCAGCCGUAAUAUUCUCUGGGCUCGGUUUUCUUACGUACGCCUAUCACACAAAUCCAACGGAGCUAGAAAUGAUGGAUUACUACUGUGCUAAGAGGCAACAAUUGGUGCUAGUACCGAAUUCCGAGCACAAUCCUGCGACUAGUACGUUUUUUUUCUAGGUUUUCAAUAAAACAUCAGUAUUUCAGCCAGAGAACUAGUUUCCCGGGACUUUCUCAUUAGUCAGAAUCGAUUGCACUACUACAAUUUGUGGUUUUUCUCUCUUCUAGUUGCCGGCAAACACAACGGCAAGCUUAGGAUAUACUCCUCACAAGACACGAAUCUAAAAGACUAUCCAUGGGUCGAGUUGUGGCAAAAUAUAGUGGAUGUUGGGUAUCUCGGACGAUGGCAUCGGAUGGAGGCCGCUUUUGUGGACUAUGAUAUAAACACGGAUGAGAUCAAUUUGCUUCCCGACGAUCAGAAAUAA